AUGAUUGCAGGUUUCAUCUUUCUGCUCUUCUUCACAGGUGGAAAUGGCUCCUGUUUAGAGAUACCAGAUGAAGAACAACAAAUUAACACUGAGACCAUUGAAAGAGGUAGAAAUAUCUGUAGGGUACCAGAUGAUGAUCAACAAAUCAACAAUGAGACCAUUAUAAGAGAUAAAGAAGUGGAGAAACUCUGUAAUUUUCAGGCUAUUGUCCACCACCUGAACCUGACCAAAGUCAGUUUUAAAUACACUAUGAGCCGGCCUGUUAUAAACAACAGUAAUCCUACAGAUGUAUACAUUGCAGUGAAACUCUAUGCCAUCCUAAAUGUGAGAGAAAUUGACCAGACCUUUAUUUCUUACAUUUGGGUUCAUUUGAUAUGGCAGAAUCAGUAUGUUAAGUGGGAACCAAAUCAGUUCUGUGGAAUUAAAUUCAUAACAAUUCCUACCGCAUAUUUGUGGAUGCCAGAUAUAGUUAUCGAAGAGAUGACAGAGAAGGACAAAGCCUCUCAGAGUCCUUAUCUUACCAUUGUUUAUGAUGGUUCCACUGAAUUUAGAAAUGACCAAGUGGUGGUAAGCACCUGCAAGAUGCAGGUUUACAAAUUCCCCUUUGACAGUCAGAGCUGUAACCUCUCCUUCAGGUCCAUCAUGCAUGACGAUACAGAAAUAAAGUUACAGCCCUUCACAAACGAAACAAAAAUGCGAGAGUGGUCUCUUAACAAGAUGCACACGCAGUAUGAGUGGCUGUACCAGAACAUGUCGAUCGUCAGCAGACAUGACAAUUUUAUCUUCAACCAAACUAUCAUUGUUUACACUAUUACCAUGAAGAGGAGGUCUGUCCUCUACAUUGCUAAUUUCAUUCUGCCAAUCCUUUUCUUUUUGACUCUGGACUUGGCCUCCUUCCUGAUCUCAGACACUGGAGGUGAGAAGCUCAGCUUCAAGGUCACUGUCCUGCUUGCUGUCACAGUGAUGCAGCUUCUUCUCAAUGAAAUUCUGCCCAGCUCUUCAGACAGUAUUCCACUUAUAGCUGUCUAUUGCAUUGGGAUUUUUACUCUGAUGCUGCUCAGCCUCCUGGAGACAGUUUUGGUGAUGCAUCUGAUUGAGAAAGACUCUGCACUCCAAGAUGAGACAGACGGUGACCGAAACAUGGCAGACAACUAUGGGGUCAAAGAGGACAACCACAACUUUCAGAGCUUUUUUAGAACUUUUACCCACAUCCUGAAAUCUGUGGCUCAACAGAUUUUGAAGUUCUGUAUGUGGCUUAGGACCAUCGACAUGGACACUUUUUACAACCAGUUCCAAAAGAUUUGA